GAACGUGAUGACUCCAUUCUCAUGGUUGUGUCUGGAUGGCCAAUUUCACCUAUCAAUCUGACAAUUGAAGGAGAUGAUGGAAAUCAGACGCAAGUUCUAUCUGAUGUUCAAGCCGUCACUUUUUUCGACAGCUUGGUAGUUCGUCCGGACAAAUGGCAGUCGCUUUUCUACCGUAGAGUAUUCUCAAUUUUUGCACUUGCGUGCUCCACAUGUCCUGUCGAUCAUCCAACAGGAAAUUACUCUUUUGAAAUAUGUUCUGCAAUUAACUGCUUCCGGACUCAUAACUACAUUGAACACGUAGGAAAUAAUGCAGCUGUUUUAUCACGGCUAGAGCAUCCAAACAUAGUGCGACUUUACGGAAUGACAAGAGAUGGACCACGUCUGUUGCUUGUAUUCGAGCGGAUGAAUUUAGGCGAUUUACGCUCUUAUCUUCGAGCACGGGCGCCAACCUCAGCGAGUUACUCACAAUUUCCGCCAGCACUAAUAGAAAGUGAACUUAAAGUGAUAGUACGACAGAUUUCCGAUUUUGGAAUGUCCAGGCGAUUAUACGGACAGGCUGACUACUAUCGUAUGCAGAACCAUUGUCUACUCCCUGUGCGUUGGCUUCCUCCAGAAGCUAUUAACGAUCACAGAUUCAGUACUAGCAGUGAUGUGUGGUACGUACAGUAA